AAAAAUUUACCUUUAAAAUUGCUGCAGUGGCCUCUACAAGGAUGCACAAGCCCUAUAAAUCCAGCUGAGAACCACCCCAAGAAAGACGUAUCCAGAAGAAAGACAUUAACCAUGAGCCCUAUUCCAACACUGAAGCUUCCCCUGAUAGAUCUGUCUGAAUUAGCUGGCUCGAAGCCGGGGACGGGUCGAUGGGACUCCUUGCAAAGUCAAGUCCGACGAGCCCUCGAAGAAUUCGGUUGCUUCGAAGCUUUGUACGAUGUGAUUAACCCGGAGCUUCACAAUGAUGUGUUCCAAGAAUUGGAGGAAUUGGUCGAGCUCCCGGCCGAUGUGAAGCGCCGGUUCGUGGUCCUGGAUAAGCUGUACCAAGGCUACACAGCGGAUCGUCCUGUUGCGCCUCUCUACGAGGCUUUUGGAGUGGGGUACGCCCCCAACUCGGGUUCGAUUGAAACAUUAGCGGAUCUCAUGUGGCCAGAGGGAAACGCAAGAUUUUGUGAGACGAUGAAUACGUAUGCUGCGAGGGUUUUCGAGUUGGAAUCCCUGGUGAAGAAGCUGGUUCUGGGAAGCUUGGGCGUAGACAAGUACAUGGAUUCGCUAGCCAAGUCGGCCAGAUACAAUUUGCGCCUCAUGAGAUACGCAGCUCCUGGGACCGAGGAGUCCAAGAAGCCCGGGGUUAAGUGCCAUCGGGACUCCAACUUCGUGACCAUACUUCACCAGAAUCAUGUGAACGGAUUGGAAAUUCAAACUGAGGAUGGACAUUGGAUCGAGGUCGCCUUUUCCUCGCCGUCAUCUUUCGUCGUCCUCACUGGGGAGUCAUUCUACGGAUGGAGCAAUGGAAGAUUACACAGCCCUCGUCACCGAGUAAUGAUGAGCGGGCACGAGCCAAGAUAUUCCAUAGGAUUCUUCUCUUCCGACCAGGGCACGGUUCAGUGUCCGGAAGAGCUUGUGGACGAGCAACAUCCUCUUCUUUUUAAGCCCUUUGAUUCAGCUGGUCUCUCCCGCAUCUACAAGACCGAAGAGGGCCUGAAUGGAGCUUCGGCAAUGGAUACUUUCUACAGAAUUUGAACAUCGAGGUGCUCUCGAAGCGUCGCGUGUCCUUCCUCCCCUGUCAAUCAAUCGCGAGUCGAGUCUUAAGGCCUAUGUUUUACCGUCCAUAAUAACUAAUCGAGCGGACGGUCGCUCGGUAUCUGCAAAGCAUAACUGGUUUCCCUUUCUUUCCCCUUUUGGAGCUUGUUUCGGUUAUCAUCAUCUGACCCAUUUGCAGAUCCUCGGAGCUAUGUGUGCUUCAGGCUGUUGAUGAUGAGAUUGGUUGUAGCAAAGCAAGUACCGUAAAAGAAAAUGACAAUAU